AGUAGGGCACUUAUUAUUAGUGCCGACUGACAUAACCGCUUGCAUAUAGUGUCCUCGUAAUUGGCCGGGUACUGUUUACUUUGAAAGAUAUAAACUCUCUUAGAUUGUAUUGGACCUGGAGCACUAUACAUAUUGGUGAAUUGCAAAUAAAAGAAGCACAUUAAGUAGAGUAUUACCGUAAAAAAUACAAUCAUUUUCAGAACAGAAUCCUGCAAGAUGUUUGUCCUGAUGUUAGUGAUGUUGUCCCUUGUACCACGUGACACAAGAGCACAGCCAGAUACUUGGAACUUUCAUAUGGAAGACUACAAAGACCACCCUUGCCGACGCCCCUGUGAGGAGAACGGGUUACCCCAUGUCUGUCAGUACGAUUGGAUUGUUGAGAACUACUUCGUUAUGUCCAAGGCGUGUCACCAGUGUCCUUUCAACCUUGACCACUGCUCCGCGCCGCACUGUAUCGCCGCUGACGGCUACGCCAAGGGGAUCAAAGUGGCCAACAGAAUGAUGCCUGGACCAGCGAUCGAGGUGUGCCUUGGCGAUACAAUAGAAGUGACCGUCAACAACCACCUGGAGUCAUCGGAAGGAACAAGCAUCCACUGGCAUGGAAUCUUGCAGUUCGGGUCACAGUUUAUGGACGGAGUGGCCAUGGUGACCCAGUGCCCUAUCUCGUUUAACUCUAAGUUUACGUACAGGUUCAACGCCUCCAGCGCUGGUACUCACUACUGGCACGGGCACGCCGGCACCCAGAGGGCAGACGGGCUGUACGGCCCCCUUAUUGUUCGCCAGCCACCGAGCAAAGAGAUCUACCACACGUCCUACGACUACGACCUUCCGGAGCACGUCAUCACCAUCACUGACUGGACCAUCGACAUGAUGACCAACAGACUGGCCAAGUAUGUCCACUUCGACUACGACAACAAACCCAGGCUGAUGUUGAUAAAUGGCAAAGGUCAGUAUCAAGGCUACCUGAACGAGACGACCAACACGACCUAUUACACCCCGAGGGCAGUGUUCCACGUGGACGCAGAUAAGAAGUACAGGUUUCGAUUGAUCAGCAGCGGCAUCAUGAACUGCCCUAUACAGUUUUCGAUAGAUAACCACACUAUGCUGUUCAUUGCCUCUGACGGUAACUAUUUGAAACCAUUCGUGGCGGACUCUCUGACUAUCCACAGUGGAGAACGUUACGACUUCAUUCUGUUCGCUGACAAGGAACACAUUGCAAGCAACUUCUGGAUUCGUGCGCGUGGCUACAAUAACUGCGCCAACAGAAAAGCUUCACAGACGGCCAUCUUGAGGUACAGCAGCAGCAACUCUACGACUGACCUCCCUAAAGGAAACACAGCAUGGGAAGAUGGCAUCCGUGAAGGAGUGCAUCUGAAUGCAGCUUUCCCCGUUCCGCCCAAUGACACGGCUGAGAUCAGGAACCUGAAAGCCGAACUGCCGGAUGACGAUAUACUGACGUCAACACCGGACAAGCAGUUUUACCUGGCCAUCGACUUUGUCCCCAUCGACAACCUGAGGUCCCACAACAUCCCGUAUUAUCCCUUCAACUCCAGUCUCAAGUUUUACUCUCCACAAAUCAACUGGAUCUCCUCUCAGAUGCCACCGUCGCCGCCCCUGUCACAAUUCGACGACGUCCCAGAGGAACUUUUUUGCAAUGCCGAGACGGUCAAAAAGCAGUGCACCAAAGAAUGGUGCGCAUGCGUGCACAAAUACGAUCUUAACCUUGGUGACCUCGUGGAGCUGAUCAUCCUAGAUGAGGGCAAGCCAUCUCAUGCCUACCACCCAAUACACCUCCAUGGACACAGAUUUAGAGUUCUGGCUAUGGAAAGGCUGGGAGAUUCUACGUCCUUAGCUGAGGUCAAGGAACUGGACAGAGCUGGUAAAAUCAACAGAACCACAACCCAAGCUCCACUCAAAGACACAAUUAUUAUCCCUGACGGUGGUUACACAGUACUACGAUUCAGGGCCGACAAUCCUGGUAUUUGGUUACUCCAUUGUCAUGUGGAAUUCCACGCUGAGACCGGGAUGGCCUUAGUUUUCCAAGUCGGCACCAAAGAACAACUUCCAAAGAGGCCGAAACAUUUCCCCAAGUGCGGAUCCUGGAAGUUCGAAGGUUACGAAGAGGAUGAUGGGACACCCGCCUCCAACCAGCCUAAUAUAACAGUCAACGUUCCGGUACCGAAAGUCGAGGUCACGUGUCGAUCCAAUAGCAACAGUCUCCGCACUUCUAGUAUAAUGUUAAUGUGUGUUGCCUUCAUGGCCAUUUUGAAAUCUUUGUAUUUCUAAUGAGUUAAUCAGAGCCUUGCUCGCUGCCUGCAAUGUUAUAUCUCAAUCAAAACGUUGUUUUUUUUAAAUCGGAUAUUUGUUAACUCUUUUUAACUUAUUACUAUACUAUUAAUCCAAUAUCGAACUAACAAAAAAAAAACAGAACAUUCUUUUGAGUACUAUGAAAAGGCUGUAGGCUUUAUUAAUGUCAUUUAAAUUAUUUCUUCAUUUAUUAUUAUUGAUGAAAUUGAAAAUUGUUUACUUUUUUUACAUUGCCCUGCGCCAGAAAAAUUGCGCAAAAUUGUUUACUUUUUUGUUUCCUAUUGUGUUAACUAAAGAGCAUUUAUGUUUACUUAUUUUCUAUUGGUGACCAUUUGUAGGCUGGUGUCAUUACAAGCCAUAAAUAUUAAGAACUAUUAGCUAUUGGCCAUUCUAAUAAGUCAUUAUCAUUUUAAAAUGUAACUGUACAAAAUGUCUGUAUAUUUAAAAGGAAUUUGUACAUUUGUACUACAACGUGAAGGAAUGGUCUCUGUUCCGUGUGGAGUAGUGAGUCACGUGACGUACAGAAUUGUCGAAAUCGUAACCCAGUCUGUGAUAAUUGAAGUGGGAGAGAUGUAGUCAGUGUGAUCUGUGAGAUGUCUAUGACAUGUAGACAGUGUGAUUAAUGAGAUGUCUAUGACAUGUAGACAGUGUGAUCUGUGAGAUGUCUAUGACAUGUAGACAGUGUGAUCUGUGAGAUGUCUAUGACAUGUAGACAGUGUGAUCUGUGAGAUGUCUAUGACAUGUAGACAGUGUGAUCUGUGAGAUGUCUAUGACAUGUAGACAGUGUGAUCUGUGAGAUGUCUAUGACAUGUAGACAGUGUGAUCUGUGAGAUGUCUGAAUCGUUGUCUAUAAGAGAUGUAUUUGUUGUGAAAUGUGUACUUGAGUAAGAGGCUAAUAUAGCACACACACAAAUAGUGAAUGUUGUCAUCGUAUUGAUAAACUUUAGAAAAUCCUAUGGAUGGUUUGUUUAAGGGAGAGUUGAUUGAACGCCUGUAAAGUCUACUGUUGGUAACUGUAACGGUAUAAUAUAUGUACUAUAUAUGUCUGUGUGUGCGAGGUUGUGUGUGCUGCGUGGAAGAAAGACAGAGAGAAAGAGAGAGAGAGAGAGAGAGUACACUUGCGGUGCAUUUAUACACUCUCAUAUUGAGUGUGUAGGUUAAAUAAAAUAGUUCUUACUACAAUAGAACUACACAUGUCCAACGUAACUGUCACCAUCAUCUAUCAACACUAUAAUAAUGUUUGCCUAAAAAAAUUCGGUGUUGGUUCUGAGUGUGUCUGAACAUUGAAAGAUAAAUUAAGAUAAAAUCUAGUUUGUGUAUCUGGAGGGAAACGAAUAACUGUAAAACUUGAAAGAAUAAGUCUGCUGUUUGAUCUGUUUAUUUUCUUGUUUUGUUUUGUUGUUGUUGUUGUUUUUAUUGAUAAUUUGUCUAUUCACGUGCAAUGAAUUGAAAUAAACAUUUUUUGGAAAUAAGAAAA